ACUGGGAACAGUCGUAAGUUUAUUUAACCUACUUCAGUUGGCCAUUUUUUUUCGUUUCAAAGUCGAAAAAUUGUUCGUGAACUUGGGAAAGAGUUCCUGUAUUUCGGUAUGUUUUUCUUUUAUUAAAAUAAAAUAAAAUUGCUAUUGUGUACAAGUAAAGGUCGGCUACAAGUGCCCCUUCCUCCUCGCAUUGUUUGAUUUGCUCCGUUACAGUUCUUAGCUUCCAGGCUAAAUGUGGUAAAGGUCGAAAAUGAACCCCAACAGACCGUUGAGUUAUUUCUAAACGCGCAAACAACGAAAACUUAUAAAAUAGGGCAAAAAAAAAAAAGGUUAUAAUUGUGGAUGUGUUUAGUUCAGAACACAGAAGAUGGUCACUGAAAUUACAGCCGGUUCUUUCUCUUUCCGUAUUUUGUGGUUUGCUUAGAUCUCAAUGGGCUUUUCUUUUCAUCCGCAUUGUUCCCCCAUUCGACUCGGGAGUCUGUACAAAAAAGCUGCUCUGUUCUUUCGUUAGACCAUCCUCUUAUUUGCUAUUAUUUUAUUUUAUUUUCUUUGAGAAAAUUUGCUAUGCGUUCAGGAUUUCUAAAGGGCGCCGACUGAAUUCAUUUGUUUAUUUACUGCAAUUUUAUUUUUGACCUUGACGUUAUUCUGAAGAAGGAUUGUAGUAAAAAUGCAGACGAAAUUCGAUUAAAGUUGGCCAUAAAAAGACAAUAAGAUGGGGCUCAAUUACAAUCGUUGCGCUUUUGUAAGACGUCGAUUCGACCGUCAAGGAACAUUUCUUUCUUUCAGUGCAACAUAACAAUUGGUGGCAUAAAGCAUUCACAGAUAACAAGGGUUGAGAAUAGAGGAGGUUUAACGGGGGGGGACGUCGGUCUCUGUGAGCCAUUGGUAACGCGUGUGUCGCCUGCCAGGCUGUCACAGCAACGCGGCAAUAACGGGGAGGGGAAAUUUAUUGCCGACCACCCUGCCGACUCAGUUCCCGGUUUUAUUGCAUAAGACGCGGUAUAGACUUGUCCGAAAAGGGUGAGAAGAAACACCUGUAUAUUGGAAAUGUAUUUCAAAAUGAUCACCUGUUGGAUUCAUGGAACUCUUGCUGGAAGCCACAAUGACUUAAACAUCAUGGGAGUCUGAUGUGUGUAUGUAAAAUGACGAGAUAAAAAGCUGAACAAAUUUAUUUUCAUACUUUAUUUCAGUUCUACUAAAACAAUAAUACAAGUUUCGCUCUUACUUUUACAAUUGCUGCAAGAGCCAGAAGUGAUUCCAAUCGAUUGCUGUACGCAGCCAUCUGGAACAAUUUGUGAAACGUUCUACAACUCACUCGAAAUUGAUUGCAACGUAUGCAGGUUUGCUGUACCACCUACCGGUUACAGGAUGUAUCCGUCUUUUUGCAUUCAUAGAAACCGUAGACUCGAUAUCCUAAUCCAAUUGAGUUCAACAAGAACACUGAAGAUCUAUACGCAAUUGGUUGACCACUCCAAGGGGAUCCACGGUCAACCGUCUGAUCAAGUGAUCAAUGACUGAGCCUCUUGUUUGCAUUGGAUCUCAUUCGUCACGUUUCUGUCACUAUCUGGUGAAGACAAGAGGAUCCCAUCAAUAUUCUCAGCUGGACGUGUGGGACGGAAAGAAAGUGUGGAAAGGAAAUAUUGGAGAAGGUUUCUUAUAUACUAUCCCUUGAAACUGACCAUUUGAUUUCUGUUUGUAACGUCAGUUUCCAUUUCACUUGGAGGAAGAAGAUGGAAGCCAUUCCGACGUGCCAAGUAUUUUGCCUUAUUAAUUAUGCAAAACUUUCCAGGAAUGCACAUUUCAUUGAUCCCUACACUUUUUUUUUUUUACCGAUUGCAAUUGUUUUCGCUUGUCAUUCAGAAUCUUUCAACUUUUCAUUGUGACCGUUCGAUGGAACCAAUGGAGAAUUCCAGUCAAACCUCCCGCGGAGAAUAUUGUUUUUAGCCUCUUGUUUGUUUAGCUCGAUUUUUAUUCAUGGGCCAAAGAAAAGGAACGUACGUGAUCCCCGCUGAGAGGCUACCGAAUCCCGAAACUUAAACAAAUAGAAUUUACACAGCGGGGACACUGUUUCCACUCAAUCUGUCCAUAGCUCCAAACGUAAACAAAAGCUAUGCGCAACGCUAGAAAUCCUUCAACAUCAUUCGGCUAUGACGGAUUAUUACCACCUGUUGUCCAGACCUUCUCCAGUAGCAAAAUUGAGGAAAAAUCGAAAUCAUAAGGUGAUGACUUUCCCACCGUUAUUUUCUUAAAUUCAUCCUAGUCGAUUAUCAGAACAUUUGGCUGAAAACGGAAUUGAACUUCAUUUAAGUUCAACGCGUGCUACUUUGUAAUUUUGUUAUAUUCUCCUUUCUAUAAUUAGAAACGAUUUUUCCUAUUACUUCCGUCGUAGACGCGUGAAAACGCACUUCGUGUGCGGUGAGCGUGUGCUCGGCGCCAAGCGGAAGCUGCAGAAUUCGAAACUAAAAGCUCCUGAGGGCCUUUCCACCUCUAAUUAGGAGAUUGGACGUUCUGUGACGUAAGUUUGUGUUUUGUUGUCCACAUGGAAGUAUCCCACUGUGCAAUCCUAUCAACUCCAAACAAAGAAUAAAGCAGGUCGCCCGCCGAGUCAAACACCAAUUGGACACAUUUUGCCACGAUUUUCUUUUUGUCUGCACAAAAAUGUAUACCCACGCCCACCCCUCCAUGCCUGAAUUUUUGGUUCAUUUUACUUUAUGACCUCUAAUUUUUUGUUUUUUUGUUCUUUCUACCUCCUUUUCCCCCAUGUGAUGACGUUUUACCUCGAAAGGAACAUUUCUCUGUACUUGAGUUGUGUGGUCAAAACAAUUUUGUUUGGGAUCUAUUUAACUCCAUGCAAUUUUGUGGUCUGGCAACCUUUACCUAAUGAUCCUUGAUGCAGUCGAGAAUGUGUUGAAGCCGCUGGUUUUCUCGCUGCAUUCAGGGGACCCAACGAUCAAUGAAACACUGGACGUUGCAGUGCUAGAACUAAAGAAACAAAUUUCAGUGUUACUGAAUGAAAAAAAAAAGGCAAUUCUAAACAACAAAGGGGAGAAUUUUUCAUUAAAAAGUACCCCCUACUUCAGUGGCUAAAAUUACGUAUCCCCUUGGUCCACCUCCCAUGUUGUCGUAUGUCACUUUCGCUAUCUAAAAUUUUCCAAACUUUAUUGCUGUCAACAUGUGUUUGAUGUGAUUACUUGGCUACUGUAACAGCGUUGUCAUCGACCGUUGGACAGUGACACUUGACCACCAUUUUGAUUUUCGACGGACCUUAUGUUGGAGUGACGAUGGUGGACAAGAGAAUGAAAGUGCCAGUUGACCGGUUGUUAAUUGGGAUCGCACAGCCUGCCUCAGUACAAUGGGAGCAUAUUUUCCAGCCGGCACUUCCGGCAAGAAGGCGAUCGUUUCACACGUGAGCUCAUCAUCAACUCGGAAAAGAGAGGCGAUAACGCGCUAGACUUCGUUAGAUGAUAAGAAAUUAUACAGCAGAUCGAGGAGCCAUUGAAGGAGAACAAUUUUGGCCGCCAUAAUUUCAGACCGUUCCUACUACUUUACGAGAUAUACAAGGAUACUUCUUGCUCUCAACGAUGAACAUAACUCAUUUUGGAUGGUUGCCUAAGGACAUCCUUCGUCGUGAAGAAAGCCAUCGAAAAACUCAUUUCUAGAUCGUUUCCUCUUUCACCUCGCAAACUCAAUGAAUCAAAGCAAUUGGACGUUAAUCGUUUUUUUUUUUGGAUUCAUGUCUUAAAGCAAAGCCGAUUUGAAUGUUGGUUUCUGGUAGUUCACACCCAAACUGCAUUGAUCGACAAAGUUCUUUUCAAUCAAGUAGUUUCAACUGCUUCUUUCUUGCUUUGAUUCGGGGUUUUCUAACAGGCCAACGAUAACAGUUUGAAUCAGUCCGUGUUACUGGAGUCUGUUCUGUCCUCUGGCGGGUGCCAAUAGAAAAGGUUGGCGUGGAUGCCGGUUCAAAGAAAAUAAAAAGUAAUAAUAAAAAAGGAACGAAAAUAACUUACGACUUCCAUUUUUUGCUCCUACGGUGUUCCAUGUGCUCUGUGACCGAAGUAACUAUACUGUACAAAGCUAUAGGAGGAAAAAUAGAAGAAAAAAGAAUGGGAGGCUUAUGCUGUAGGACAGUCUAAUUGCUCUACCUCCGAGGCGCAUCGCAAAGAAGAAAUAUAUAAUGCAGACACACGGGGUCCAUUCUCAGGUAAAAAAACGAAAAGUUGGGGGAGGGUGGAUAAUGCAGAAGAUAGAAGGUACACCCCCUUACCUACUGGAUGGGAAGAGGAGGAAUGGUAGAGCUAUAAAGGUGAGGGUUCGAGCUGGUUGAAAGUCAGAUCAGCUUGUGGUUUGCUCCCGUGCACACUUCAAUUCCUUCUCGCUCGCUCCCUCUCAUUUCAAACAUCGACUUUUGCCUCUUGCCUCGCUACUCUUGGAAGUGUAUCAAAAAAGUCUGUUGACUUUGGAAAUUCAGUGACACAGAGAUGUUCCAGGAUUGCAACAGGAAGCGCUUUUUGGCCACAGUCAGCAAGACAGGCAAACGCGACGACGAAUUGUCGGCCUACUUGAACGACAACAAGUGCAUCACUGCGCUGCCACCGGUCAGCUCCUUCCGCCAGCCGAACAGUAGCUGCUACGACGCCGCAUCCGACGGUUACAACACUCCAAGCCCAAUGUCUUCGGAAAGCAGUGACCACCACGGCCAUCAUAUGGGUGGUGGGCAUCCAACGUACGGCGGACACUUGGGUGAGAGUCCGUUACCAUCGCCCAACCAGCGUCACGCCGUUUCACCAGCAUCAGCUGCAUCGUCCGAAGAGGAACUCCGUCAGCGAUUGCAAUAUUUCGUCCAGCCGCCGGCCAGCAAUAACUCAUCCGGUAACUACUAUGACCUGCGGGUCAGCGUCAAAGAAGAUCCUGAACGCUGUUACCUGUCCGUCGGUCUACCCACACCCAGUUCUCCGGGGUCGCCAUUAAACAGCCACCUUCCUCACAUGGUGAAUUCACCAAUUAGCCCGGCUCCUUCUUCCGUCCAUCCAGCCAUGGGCGAAUAUCGAAACCCGUCGAGCAACCAAAGCGGCUCUGAUUCCGAGUCGACUUUGCCGCGCAGCACGAGCAGCGCAUCCAACGGUCAGAAACGUUCGCUGAAGGAAGUGGCACCGCAGGUGAUGAAGAAACGUCGAUUGGCCGCCAACGCUCGUGAACGCAGACGGAUGAACAACCUGAACAGCGCCUUCGACCGGCUUCGUGACGUCGUGCCCGCUCUCGGUAACGACAGACAACUCUCCAAAUACGAAACGCUUCAAAUGGCGCAAAGUUACAUCACCGCAUUAUGUGAACUGCUUCAGUAAAGUUGCACUAAAGGUUUUGUUGAAACGAUUAUUGCUGCACUUGUUGCCAUUCCGAAUUCAUCGGUUGAAACUCUGAAGACGGGUUGAAAACUAAUUCCAGUUCAUCACAGUAAAAGAAGACGUAAAGUACCUCAUCAUUCAUUGUAUGCCUCCCCUUCAAAUGUCAGAGUGUUUAGCAUAAAUAGUAAAUUAAGACUUGAGAUCGUGCCGUACAUUCGCCUCUGAAUGGCAAGCGAUUCAGGAUAAGAAGCUCGGUGAACAUAUCGAAAAAGAAAUUCAUGGCUUUUCACCAUGACAUUUUCAACUGUUGUUAUUGCAUACACAUAAAUCUAGUCUCUGUUUCGUUGAUGGUGCCCGGUCGGCCGCUGUUUCUGACGCCGACGACGCCAUUUAUUGUCUGUUGCCUCAAGUGUAUAACUCUUUUUCUCUCUCUCUUUCGAGCUAGGCCAUCUUUCAACAUCUUCAUCUUUUGAAUAGUUGCCUGUCCUUACCUCUCCUCAUCGUUGCAUCCAUUGGGUCUCGAUGUGAACCGCAUUCGUAAUUGAAGGUUGUUCACCUCAUCUGCUUCUUACCUUGUUUCGCAUUUAUCUAAAUGUUUUCUGGCGAAGAUAGUUGCACAAAAUUUACAAUAAAAAAAAAAUUGAAAAGAAACAAAAAAAAUUUAAAGAAGCUUAAUAACUCAUUCACGAACAACUUGAAUACUCUUUUGCUGCUGUUUGACUUUUUCGAAAACAAAUGAGAAAAAUGUCUCGUUGGGUUCCCUGUGCCUUUUGGAGUUGUAUUUCCAACUAAUGAAUUGAUUGCUCACAACGUAUAUGCCUUUCUAUUUAUGUGUUUGCUUGUCUACGCAACAUUAUGACGUACACCGUAUACCUUAUUGACCGUCCGUGUGCCUGAUUGCUGAACGUUCUUUGAAGAAAAAUAGAUUUGUGUUUGAAAGCCGAAAAAAGACUUAUUCAA